GUUUAGUUAAUGUUUAAUAGCCGCACAGCUACACCAGCCGGGCUAGUCGGGCUCUUUCUCUCGUUUCCUAAUCCGCGACUUGGGUUAAAGCUUUGCUCUGUUGUCCCCAGAGGAGACGCCCUCAUUCUCGUUCGCCUCCGUCCUCCGUCGCCUGCACGCCUGCAUCCUCCGAUGCCGAACACGUCAGAAGGUCAAGGAGCGAAUCUCCCCCGGCCCGCGGAGCGGUCGGAGCUGCAGAGGCCCGCGGAUGGGGAGGAGGAGGAGGACCACGGGCUGAUCGGCUCUCUGGCCCGGGACGCCGCGAGGCUGAGGCGGGCUUCGAGUGCUGAGCUGCACCUACAGUGGACCUGCCCGGUCACGCACUCCCGGGAAAAGUUCUACACGGUCUGCUCCGACUACGCUUUGCUCAACCAGGCGGCCUCCGUGUACUGCUGCCCGCCGAAGGUGGCCAGGAACAAGCAGGAGGACGGGGCCCCGCUCGGGAAGCCCAAAGCCUCCUCGGACUUCAGCGGCGGUCACACUGGAGGGGGUCCCGUGGGGUCGGACGGGGACUGCGACGUGGAUGAGAUGUCCUCCGGCCACGCUAAGCCUCUUCUGGCCUGGGAGAUUGACACAGCGGACUUUAAUACUGUAUUCACUAGGAAAAUAAGAACCAGCAAUGGGAAGAAAUGCAGCUCUAAGAAGAUGAGGGCCUCAGACAGACCCAGCAGGAAUCUGCAGGAUGUUCCUGUUCAUGCAUCACUGGAGGAGAUCAAACAGAGGAAAGUGCUGGACCUCAGAAGAUGGUACUGCAUCAGCCGGCCGCAGUACAAGACGUCUUGUGGCAUCUCCUCUCUGGUGUCCUGUUGGAACUUCCUGUACAGCACUCUGGGUGCAGGAAGCCUUUCACCCAUCUCUCAGGAGGAGGCGCUGCAUAUUCUGGGCUUCCAGCCGCCUUUCGAAGACAUCAAGUUCGGCCCCUUCACUGGGAAUGCCACGUUGAUGCGGUGGUUCAGGCAACUCAACGACAAUUUCCGAGUGCGAGGUUGCUCCUACAUUUUGUACAAACCUCACGGUAAACACAAGACGGCUGGAGAAACGGCUGAAGGUGCGCUGUUGAAGCUGACCCAAGGCUUGAAGGAUGAGUCCAUGGCCUACAUUUACCACUGUCAGAACCAUUACUUCUGCCCAGUGGGCUUCGAGGCUACGCCACUGAAAGCGGCAAAGGCCUACAGGGGUCCUCUGCCCACAAAUGAAAUGGAGCACUGGAUCUUAAUCGGCGAGCCCAGUAGGAAACAUCCAGCGAUCCACUGUAAAAAGUGGAUGGACAUUGUGACCGACCUCAACACGCAGAAUCCAGAGUACCUGGACAUCCGCCACACAGAGAGGGGACUGCAGCACCGCAAGACCAAAAAGGUGGGCGGUAACCUGCACUGCAUCAUGGCCUUCCAGAGGGUGAACUGGCAGAAGCUCGGCCCGUGGGCUCUAAACCUGGAGAAUCUGCGCCACGACUUCCAGCAGCCGGCCUCGGACCGAGCCCAGGGCAGCGUGGCCGACGACUCGGAGGAGAGGACGCCGUCCAAGCGUCUGGCCCAGCUGGGGCGCUCGCAGAGCAUGGGGAGUCAGAAGGACACCUGCAGCUGGAAACGGCUGUCCAACACCACAGAAUACAGACAGAGGAGCUCCCCAGAGAGCGACCUGGAGGAGGACAUCACAGACUGAGACGCUUCCUGUGGACAUGCAGGAGCGGGACGUCAUGACAACCUACGACGAAACCCAGAGCUGGCGAUUCUAAAGGAUAGGCCCCCUAAAAAACCUUGCAAAGUGUUGGUUCAACUCAUUAACAGUUUUUGUUUGUAGUUUUUGGAAAUAUUUAAAUAGAGUUUAAAGGCUUUUGUUGGUGUUGGGCAUUCCUUUGACCUCAUCACAUCGAAAAUCCCUUUUCCUGUCUUGUGUCCCCACAAGCGCAAACAGUCCCCGAAGCUGUGACUUUAUAUUUCCGGUUUCGGGAGUGGCGCAAAGGCUACAGCAGCUUCAAAAUAUAUGUUUCCACUAUUUUAUCGUAGCACUGCCAAAGGAUUUCCUUGAUUUCCACAAGGAAAUGAAGGGAAGGAGGUGAACCAAGACUUCUCCAGCCACUGGAAGAAGACAAAUUCCAGUCCGAAUAGAAGCCCAACCGGUUGGAAAAUCACAUCCAAACUUUUUUUCAAUCAGCUUUGGAACUUGCACUGACAUCAACACUCUUCAGAGUGAAAGGUAUUACUGAAUGAAGACUCAAUCUUAACUGUUGAUGGAUGGGAAAUACAGAUGCCAACACGGUCAGCUUUUGCAACAUUCAUAAAAAAUAAGGACAAAUUAUGAGGAGGAAAGAAUUUACUACAACAGUGUAUUAGGGCUAUUGUAUAUGGAGAGAGAAAAGAACAUGUCAGGAGUUUUCAGAGUAAUGUCAGAAAUGUUCUUGAAAGAUGAGGAAAUUUCUGAAUUCUAAAUGUCAAAACUUUGAGAGAAAAAACACAAAUUUUGAGAUUAAUCUCAGAACAUUUAUAGAAAAAACAAGGAAAAUUCUGAGUUUGAAAAGCCAAACAUUUUCCACUUUUUGAAACUCAAAAUUUCCAAGUUUUUUUCUAGGAAAUUUAAAACUUAAUUUUUUUUUUAAAGAAAAAAUCUGAGAUUACUCUGAAAUGUCUUUUUCCCAUCUACAAUGAAAAGUGUUUGGUAAAGUUUCAGAAGUAAACACCGAGUUGCAUCAACACUUGUGAAGGUUUAAAAACUUACUUUAAACCCUAGUCUCUUUUUUUUUUUGUUUUUUUUUUUUAGUUCAAUCACCCCUGAAUGCAAAAUGCCUACAUUCACCACUGCUGCUCUUAGCCAUCAUCUCUUUCGUGGACACAUAGGGAGAUGUUCCAGGUCUUUCUCUUCACCUCAACCCAGCCGCAGUGGUACUGUUGGCUUCAUAUCGAGCCAGUUCUGCCUAGAAAACGCACAACAGCAUUACCCACAAUCCCGUUUGGUUCAGAAAUGACGCACCAACAGGGUUUAUUGUACAACGGAAAUGUCUCCCUCCUGGUUCGCAGUGGUUUAGUUCAGUGGAAAUGGCGUCGUCAAAGUGUUGUGAAAAUGGCCAGUGUUCUGUGAUUCGUGAAAUCCUCUGGUAACAGAUAUGUGGAUCAUCAUGUGUUUUUUUUUUUUUUUUUUUUUUUUUUAAGAGAUAUGACAUAUGUGUCACAUCUCUUUAAAAAUGUGAUCCUCACGUUGUUAAUUUCUGUGAACACGGUUUGGUUUGCAGCCAUCUGUGCUUCAGCUAACACAGACGUGAUUAAGCAAGCCUGUUCAUAUGGGAUUCUCCUAGUUAUUUUACAAUAAAAUCUUGAUUUUAUUUAAUUUUUUUAAAAACACCAUGAAGCUGUCCCAUUUCUCUCUCUACAAGUGACAGUGCCGUGCAGAAGUAUUCACACCUGGCUACAACAGUGCAUUAUACUGAGAUUUUAUGUUAGACCAAUGAAUGCAAAACAGUGCAGACUUGUAUAGUGGAAAGUAAACAGGAAGAUGUCUUAACCAGGUUCGUGCGUAAAGAGACUUAUACUGUUGUUCUGCCAUGAAAAUCAACAAAGAACAAGCUCUUGACCAAACUAUUCUGAUUUAUUUAUAAUCCUGAUGGGUUUAAUUUUGAAUAAAAGGUUUGUUUUUGA